AAAAAAUAAUGCAAAAGUGUUAAAUAAAACAACAGCAAGGUGCAGUCGUCGCCUUUAAGCGCCACUUGAUGCCAUCGUGACACACAAAGGAGAAUCCAUUGAAAAGGCAAUUGGCGGAAAGGAGAACGGGAGGACGGGAGAACGAGGUAACCAGGCGGCGACGGCGGCGAUGACACUGUCGCAUCCAAAGACAUCGCCACCCAGAUGACGGGCAGGCAUCAGCAGCAGCAUCAGCAGCAGCAGCAGCAGGAGGAGCCUAGGAUUCGGGAGCAGAAGCAAAAGCAGAAGCUGAAUCACAACCCCGAGGACAAAACAAACUGAUCAACGUGUCAACGCGUCGAGUAGAAUGCAAAUAGGCGCCAAGAACAGCAGCAGAAGCAGCAACAACCGCCUCCAGCCACCAGAGCCCCAGUCUGAGCCACCCAGAGCCAGUUGCAGCCAGUUGCAUCUAGGCCAACAUGGCGGAUGCGGACGAUAGCAAGAGUGGGAGUGGCAGCGGCGGAAGCGGGAGUGGCGCGGGCAGUGGCCGCGGUAGUGGCGCCGAGUCCCUGCAGCUGCUGACCAAACUGGACAAGGCCGUCUCCACCAACGAUGUCCUGCUGGACCUCCAGCGGGCGCUCACCUACGAGGCCGUCUUCAGCACUCUGGUGGAGCACAAGAUGCAGGCCCUCAAGCGGGACUACGAGGAGCACAAGCGGGCGAAGCGGCGCAAGCGGAAGUCCAUCGGUCGCAUCUUUCUGCCCAGAAAGCUCUUUGGGAGCGGCAGUCGUCGUUCCAGCAGGGAGGAUACCCCGCCAUUGGCGGAGGAGCAGCGCCAGGUGGAGCAAUCCCUACCAGCCACGAGUAGCGGGAAGGCGGGAAGGAGAGCCAAGACAAAAGCCCGCACCCGAAGCGACGACAUCGAGGAGGCCUCCGGUUCACUGGCCAGUCCACCGAGAGCGCAUCCGAAGCGAGCGGAGAACCUGGAGGACAGCCUGGCCAGCACGCUGAGCAACUCCUCGGGAGCCCAGCGGCAGCAGAGGCACAGCCACAGCCUGCUGGUCCGGGCCCAGACCCACACGCCUGCACACCAGGUGGACGUGGAGGCGGAGCGGCGGUCCAUCGGCUCCGAGGGGGAGAUCAGAUCGAGGACCCAGCUCCCCGGCAAACAUUCCACAACGAUCCACAACGGCGAGUCGGACCUACUGCCCCCGAUCUCCGGACACGACAAUACCUCGACGACUGCCACAGCAACUGCCACAGCGACCGCCACGGGGGAGUCGCCUCGAGCGGCGGGGGGAGUCCUGCACAGCUCCACGUUGGCGGACGACAGCCUGACCGCCUCGCUGCACGGCAGCCUCGAGAGCCUCUCGUACAGCAGCUCCCGCUGCACCGUCAGCUUCGGCGGCGCGGAGGUGAUCACCGCCUCUGGAACGGAGGCGGAGUCACGGGAGCGGGCGCGGCUCGCCAAGAGACUGAGGAUCCUGGAGGCCAAGUCGAUCAGCGCCCAGUGCAGCCCCAUCUUCCCCAGGCACGUGGUGCGCUCGUUUCCGCUGCAGUCGCCCCAACAAGCGCGCCUGCAUAUCAAUGUUCCCUCCAGUUUGGCAAAGCCGCAGCAGCAGUUGCAACAACAUCAGCCGCAACCCCACGUGGCCUUGGAGAUCGAGACGCUGCCGGCUCCCCUUCCGCAGCGAAGGCGACUGCUGCCCAAGCAGAUAUCCUGCACGGAAAGCGGGGCGGCUGGAAACUUUGGAGGGGCAGGAGGAGGCGGAGGAGGAGCGGAGGCCUACACCCGGUACUUCUCCCGCCAGAACACCUCGGAGGACAGCGCCAAUGUGACGGUGAGCACGGUGUUGGCCCAAAGCGACUCCCAGUCGCUGCAUGCCACGCCCAGCUACGCAAAUACGCCCCCGGCGAGGGGCAGCAGGAAUCAGGAGCGCCGCAAGUCGCGCAGCACGGGACUCCUGGCUGUCCGUCCGACAUUCGGCGCGGAUCCCGGCGCCGUGGUGAUUCCAAUGGAGGACGGCAGUGAGGAGAGGGCCAGGGCGAGGACUUUGGUGGCCGAAAAACUGCACCGGAUGACCUCCACGUCGACGGGCUCCAGCGUGGCAGCCACCGGCUGCUGCAGUGCGGCGAAGCCGAAGGAGAGGCCGAGCGAAGCCUUCAGGCCGUCCGCGAUGCCCUCCUCCUCCGCGGCAAUGGCAGCGGCCCAGAGCACGGGCAGCGACGACGAGUACCGCCGGCGGAAGCGGAAGUACAAGCGCCAUCAUCGCUGCUCGGAUCCCGCGUUGGUCUAUCCCACGCCCAGCGGUCUCCAGCACUAUGUGCACGUGCUCGGCAUCAAUCCGGACACCCAGCAACCCAUACAAUGCCCGUACGGAGAGGACUCGCCCUGCGACCUGCAGCUGGACAUGGACUUGGACUUGGACCUGGACCUGGAUGCCGAUAAAAUCGACGACCUUGAGCAGAUGGUUCCUAGUGGUCAUCAGCGGCAUCGCCGAAAGCAUCGACAUCGCCACAAAAAGCGACACCGGCACAAAAAACCAAAGAUUUUGGUGCAGGACUUGGACACAGAGGUUGUUAAGGUGAUCGAUCCUCAUGAUUUGUCGCAGCGUGCGCGCUGGACAAUAAUUGCCACCGCCUGUUUGUUGCUGCUCAUGUGCCUGAUGUUGAUCGGUGUUACUUUGCGAAUGGCUCCGAUUAUCGAUGAUAUGGUGCGACAGGAGAACGAGCGGAACUUCCGCGAGAAUCUGGAGCGCACCUGGAUGAUGAAGAACCGCACCGAGAUGAACCUGCAGCGCCAGCAGAUGGAGAUGCAGCUGCAGGUGGGUCCAUGAGCGGAGUCGGAAGGAAGGAGGUGGCACCGCUGCAGCAGAUGCCGCCGGAUGAGAUGUCAGCGCGCACUGGAAAUGUCAGCGGUUGGAAGAAAAACAGGAACCAGAACCAGUUUGUGGCAGGAAGAAGCCGGAGGACCCUUCUUGCCCCGCCCCCUUUGCCCUGCAACUUGCCCCCAAACAACUCCUUUAUGCCCCGCCCUAAUCAAAGUUAUGCGCACAAAAGCUACAAAGAAUAACAGAGAACAACACGAAACCGAAACAAAAGAAAUUGUUAACUAAAAUAUAAUUGAGGAUGGAGCACUCCGAAGUGCUCGGCUAAAGCUAAAGCUAAAGUUAAUGCUAAUUGUAGUUAAGUCCGCCCAGGCGGAAAUCACUUGUUUUAUAUCUAACUGAGAGGUAGACUCCACUUAGAGCAAACAAAAAACAGAAUACGGAGGUCGAAGAAAAUCAAAAGUGAUGCAGUUUAGUUAAUAGUUAAACGUUGUUUAUAGAGUUACUUCGAUGGCAUUUUAAAUGUUAGAUCAAGAAGGUUCUGGUGUCCAAAUUCGCAUACGCAUAAAUUCUCCGAGGGUUCAACAUCACUUGAAAGGAUGGCCUAAAAUUUGCAUACGUAGCUUUUAUUCCGAAAAUCCCAUGUACAAAACUAGUUUGUACGACUUUUUCACAGCACAAUUUCAGACUCAAUUUCAAGUGUGUUUAAACCACAAGAGACUUCCUUAAUUAGUAAAAAUAUUAUGAGUUACUUGGAAUGUUGUUAAAAUGUCUCGUUUGGAAAAGAGCAAAGAAUGGCAAUUAAAAAUUCUGAAAUGAAAUUACUGCAAACUGUUUUGCCUUCCAGCGAAAUUGUUUACCAGAACUGACUCGAUUAUCCUGUAAUUAUUGUGCUUAGGAUAUGAUCUAGUUGAGGCUGCAGGACGACGCCAACUGGAAGGAGCACUUAAGCGAAAGGUUUCGAUUGUUCAGUUGAUUAGCCAAAUGGUUUCAAUUCUUCUUUAGCAGAGCCCUCCCCCUUCGGUUUUUCCCACCCAGCAAACUCCACCGGAAUGGCGUCGACUGGGCAGCUGGCGAGAGAAAAAAGUUGGUCAAUAGUUAUGUCUGAAACUAAGUUGUUAACUGAAAAGUACUCCUAAGUAAAUGUUAAUAGCAAUAAACAACAGAAAGUUUUUGUAUCUCUUAGACGACGUUGAAGAAGAGGCAAGGAGGCGAAGGAAAAGCGCAAGCCGAAGUAUCAAGUAUUCCAAGAAACAUUUUGAGUAAAAAUACGAUUUUCAUAGGUUAACAGUAAUUGUAAAAGAGCAGCAAAGGAACAUUCAAUAGAUUUACUCAUACUCGAAAGAACAACUUGUGCCAAAGAAAACGUAAAAAACAAAUCCUAAAGAGAACCUGCUAGAAAAGCGGCAUAGCGUAAUUAAAUAAAUAAAUAACUAAAUAAUAAUAACGAGGAAGAGUUAGGUAUUUAGCGGAUCGAUGUGAAACUGUUACUUAAGUGCAAAACGAGCUUGUUGUCGAAUUAAUUUUUAAAUGGAUUUAAACUAAGUGAAACUAAGCUAAAUGUUAAAUGUUUUUUUAGGUGUUCAAUGUUACAACUAAUUUGUGGUCGAGCAGCCCAAAAGCAGCUAAAAUUGAUUGCCCAGCCUUCGCCAAAUGAAUAAUUUUACGAACCCGUGCUAACUCAGUUGCAAAGUUUAACGACAAAAUUUAGCUUGAAGCAAACUUCUAUCGGUUUCAGCCAACAGAGCGUUGAAGGCUUGAAUCCCAAGUUGUGAACGCACUUCCCUGUCAGCCCAUUCUCUCUGCCCAAUUAACAAUUAGCCGGAAAUGUAUUUUCAAGCGCACAUGUGUUUUCUAUUUCUAAUUCUCGCCCGAUUGCACAAAGGCAAUUUAAUAGGUUUUUGGAUUCUGGCGUUAAAUCAAUGCGAGAUCCAGAGAUAACAGAAUUAGUUUGUGUCCACAAAGUUUGCAAUUUUAUAUAUGUACCUGCACAAACCACAAACAUUAUAUAAACAACAAAGGAAACAUUGUAAGUUUUGGCCAACCAAACGCUCUCACAUACAGAGGAAACCUUGCUUUUGAAGGUAAAACAUUUUAGUUAGGUAAAUAAAUAUUAUUUUUAAUUUUGAAAAGUGACAGUUUGCCGAAACCAUUCAUCGAACUUAUUUCCCCUCAUAAAGUUCUUAAGUUGAAACGCCUUGCAACGCAGUACACAAAUUAAUUACGUUUUGGGGCUGUUGGAAAGCGGGGAAGGAGGAGUUCAACGAUAGGCAGGACAAAAACAAAUGGAAAGCUUUAAACUAGCUCAAUAAAUUGUAACUUUAAACAUUUAAUCUACUUAGAGCGGAUCGUUGUUAAAUGCAAUGCAAGUACGUCGAAGACAAAGACUCCCACACCUCAUUCAGAUUUGUAAGAUUUGCAUUUCGGUCUAGGAAUCAAUUUCGUAUUUGACCAGACACAGAGGCUAAACACAUUCAAAUUUACGCAAGGAAACCGCAAAGCAUAUUUAAUAUAAACAAUCAAGCAAAACAUUGUACUUAGUAAUUGCAUUUAACAUGAGGGGCGGAGGAUAUUUACUAGGUUCGCAUUAUUGAUUUAACUGCAUGCUUAAACUAACGAAAGUAAACGGGGUAUCAACUGAACGGCGGCAAAACAAAAACCCUAAUUAAAACAAUACAACUAACGUCUGUAAUUAUGGCUAGCUAAGUGUAAAAAUGUAAGCUGAAUUAUUAUACAACCAACUACAAUCGAAGCAAGAAAAUUGAUGUAAUUGAAAUACUCGUAACGUUUUAGGGCAAAAUACCAAUGAAUAAUGAAUAAUGACACAGGUUUAACACGAACACGCAGCAAGAAUAAAUUAAUGAAUAACGAAAUUAUUUCUCGAGAAAAAAUCAAACUUUUUAGCCUUUGAACGAGAGACUUUUGGUGCCCAAUCCAGUUUGAGCAAUUAUUUACAAGUGAAAAAAAAAUAACGAAACAGAACACACAGAAAGACACACACAACAACAGAUCCACACACACAAGCAGGUGUAUUGUACAUAGAACAACAAACCAAAUGAGUAAAUACCAAGUAGGUACAUAAAUAAAUAAUGAGAAGGCUUAUCCAAGAAAAUCAACAUUAAAUAAAUUAACAACGGAAAUCAAACAAAAACAGGUAAUACUUCAACUUGUGCGCAAGGAAUCAACUUUUACUGUUAAUUGUUGCUGGCAAUGCAAAACGCAGAGCCAACCGAAAACGAAAAUUACAAAAAUAAACCACGAAAAUGCAAACCAAAUAUAUUUAAAAAUACAUUUGAACGCCUUCAGCGUUUUAUUCAUCAAGCAAGAAAUGUUGAAUCGAAAGAAAAACGUCAAACAAAAGCCAUACAAGCGAUAAAUCAAUUUGUGUCACCUGUGUAGUAAGUAUAUCUCAGUAUUUGUAACUGAAAAUGAAAAUGCGUUGAAGUUCUGGCAUGAACCACAACCACAACAAAGAAAAAUCAAAUGAAAAUAAACUGAAUUUACAAGUGAA